AAACAAUAUGGACAAUGGUUGCUGGCAAACGCUAGAAAAAAUAUAUCUUUCAACGUUUUGCUGAGAGUGAUAUAAAAGUUACAUGUUUUUCAACGUUAUCACGUUCAAAUACGUAGUUUUUACAAGUUUACUAUAAAAUGCCCCUCAAUCAUUUAAGAAUUGGUUCAAAUUUGUAAUAUGCAGGCGCCUGGCAGGUGCCACAAAUUUUGGCUCAUGUGCUUCGAUGUUUGUUACUGAAAUACAACUGAAUUUAUUAUUAAUAAGUAGUGUUAAUUAUGGCUGCAACAACACCACGACGUUCAUUGCGGGUUCCGCAUACCCAUACUCCGAAAAUAUCUGAAAGAAAAAAGGGGCUGUUUUUGGCGGAAAACGAAGCUUCGAUGGAUUCACUGACGAAACAUCGUCGCCUACCCGUAGUUGAUAGUGAAAGCGACAGCGAUGAAUGUGACCUGGGCAUCAUCAGCACCCUCGAUUCCAGCUCUGGCGAGGACUCUGAUCAUACUAUACCUAAAACUCCAGAGAGGUCCCUUUGGCAUGAAACAAGCCAGUCAAAGAAGUUGAGAGAGACACAAGAUUUGAAAAAUUUCAUGAAAUCUCCUUUCACACUAAAGAAAUAUCAGACUCGAUACUCAUGUCCAGAGACAAGAUACUCCCUGUCGACUCCCGCCACACCACACUUACAGAACCACCCUGGCACACCAUCUUCUACGCACUCAUGUGCAAGUGUUCAUACUACAUCUUCAACAUCCAGUAAAGCUCGUAAGAGUCUAGCUAGUCUCAUAGCCGAUACAGAAAGCUGCAGUAGCUCAUUGAAAGAUCUGAACUUUGACACAGAUUCUGGAACAGAUUCCAAAGAAAACACCCCUACUAAAUCCCUGCGACGAUCAUCACGAAAACUAAAAGUCACUCCGAAACUUCAGAGUUUUAAGGGUAUACUAGUGGAGCAGAAGAAAAAUAUAUCACCAAUGAAGAAUGCCGUGAUCUGUCUAACGAAAAUAGAUAUGAGUAGCUACAUAUCGCCGACCCAGAUGCUGAAAACUCCGCAUAAUAUGUCGGAAAACAAAUCACCGCCUAAACUAAGUCAUAAUCGGCGAUCCGUUGUUGAAAUUGUCGAAAGUCCUGAAUCUACUUGUGAUAGCGACAAGAGCCACAAGAGACUUCACUAUGAAGGCAUGACAGAUUGCGGACCCAUUUCAAAACAUCCCAGAUUAGAUACAAGUACAGCUCCCAAGGCACGGCUUUCGUUGUUCAACAGCGACAGACUCAAAGAUAUUCUGUCAACUAAAUCAUUUUACGGUAAAACAAACCCAGAUCUGAAUCCUAGUAUAUCAACUAAAAUUUCUAAAGCCAUUGAGGUAUCAAAUACUCACCGACGUCGUCUCUUCGGUCACACUCAAACCCAAAAACGCAAAAAGAAAACGGGUCAGAUCAAUAUGGGCGUUAAGCACAAGAUACGUAAGCCGAAAAUGAACAAAUCUAAGAUUAUGACCAUGAAAGGAUGUAACAAUUCCGCCCCCAGUGCAUUAAAUUGUAGCAUCGUUUCCAAUAAGUCGGAGAAUAAUGAUGCCUCGAUUUUAAGCCAAUCUUCAAUAGAUGAUAAAACAGAUCCUUUCAACAAAGAAAAGCAAACAAUUGAUGCCCUUCUUAGUCAAUGGACAGAAGAAGAGGUGCCUGAGUCUGAACUCAUUUACACCAAGCCUCGAGAAGAACUACCCUGCUUCAAUAGUACAAUUAUUGAAGCGACCAGCCAAAUAUUUGAACCGGUCACAGCAAUACCUGUCACCACAGACAUAUAUAAGCCCCAGGAAUCAGCUGUUAUUGUGGAAUUGGGUACUCAAAGUACCAUCUUACCAAUACCUGGUAGCAUUGUUUCUCCAGCCAUGUCAGACCCCUUGCAAAAUACGACCAUAUCGACAACAUUGCAAAAUGUAUCUGAAUUGGCCCAAAAUAAAACGCAAGGCAUGCAGGAUGUAGUAAUGAUGGAACCUGAAGGCCAUACUUCCAGUCAUGGCGAUAUGCCAAAGACUGGUGAGUUCCUACCUGUGGAAGGAGGAUAUAUAUUUGUUGAAGGGGAAGUAGUACCUGGACAAAAAGAAAUUCCAGACUUGGAUGAAAUUGAGCGUGAACUUAAAAUGCUUGAUGAGCAGAUAUUAAAAAUGGCGCAGUCAAAUAAUAUCGACGCUGGUGCCGUUCUGGCCUCCACUGAAACCGAGCCCCCUGUUACUGAAACACCAACAGUCAGUACUGAAGACAACAAUAAGGCGGAAAAAUUGUUCCCGAUUUUCAGUAAACCUAAUCCUGGAAUUAACAGCUCUAAUAGUUCAAAAGUAACGGAAAAGAGCAAGCGAUCCUUGUUCAAAAGUUCUAGUGAUCAAUAUGUAAUUGACGCUGGACAAAAGAAAUUCGGAGCAACGCAAUGCAAUGAAUGUGGUGUUAUUUAUCAGAUUGGAGAUCCCCAGGACGAGCAUGAUCAUUUAGUUCAUCACAAUGCCACUGAUGUACUGAAGUUUAAUGGUUUGAAGGAGGAAUGCGUGGUGGACAGGACGGAGAACGAUCGCAUCAUCCGCGUGCGAGGUGGCGAGGCGGGCUGGAAACGCGUGCAGGCGCUGCUCGCCCGGCUGGUGCACCCGUACCUGGGCUGCGCCGCCGACCUGCCGCAGCCCGCGCACGUGUACACGGCAUAUCUAUGUAUAGAGAAGAAACAAAUAAUUGGGUGUCUCGUAAUGGAACCCAAGACGAGAGCCUACAAAUUAAUACCCGGCGAUCCCGAUUGCUGCAGCGUAGAAGAUUAUCCAGUCAAAUGCGGCGUGUCGCGCGUGUGGACGGCGCGCUGGCGGCGCCGCGCGGGCGUGGCGCGCCGCCUGCUGCAGUGCGCGCGCGCCUCGCUGCUGCACGGCCUCGCGCUGCGCCCCGACGACCUCGCCUUCAGCGCGCCCACGCCGCCGGGCAAGGCGCUCGCCGCCGCCUACUGCGGCACCGACAGCUUCUACGUCUAUCUCGACUGAGGACCGCCGUUCGCUUCUGACGACCCUGCGGCGGUUGCGGUCACAUUUUCUGUACAUUUCUUGGGUCCGUGGACGCCUUACCUCGCCUCGUCGUAUGUACGGUUGACAUCGUGUGUGAUAUUUCUGAGUCGAGCGACUACUCUCGUUGUAGUUCCGAUGCUCUAAUUUUUAACUAAGGUUUGAAAGCAUCACUCGAGUUACAGUUUUCGUUAGUUUUACGGCUCGUCUGUAGGUUUUUAUUGUGUUGCUGUUUCGCGUCGAUUCUGCAGCCUCGCUAGGUUAUAUUAAUUAUUUAAGAUUCAAUGUAAAAACGUCAGGCUUAAAGCUCUCAACUGUAAAUUGUUUUGUUUUAUUAUAUUUAACCCAGAAAUUACAAAAACUUAAGUUUAUUAAGCAAAGUAUGAGGUGCGUGUCUUUUCUCUUUCUUUUUUAUUAUUUGCAUGAACAUUUUAAUA